GAAGUAGCAGCAACGGGAGCGACGUAUAUAAGCGAGACGAAGGCUGCAGUGCAACAGUGGGUACAGCGAGAGCUGCAAGAUAGUGUUGCAAUGAGGAUCACGGCGAGGACGACGGAGGUGCUGGUGGCGCUGACGGUGCUGGUGGUGGCCGGCGUCUGCCCCGCUGCUGCCCAGGACGACGACGGCGGCCGGAACGAGGAAAAGUUCUUCAUCAAGAAUUACUCGACCACCACAGAAACGACCAUAUCGGCAGUCACCUCUGUUAUUCCUUAUCUCUGUUUCUACACGGGCUCAACUGCAGCCUCGCCCUGUGCGGGCCGCAAACUUCGCCGAUCGCGAAGAAUCCCGCUGAACGUAGAUGAUUUCCCCGGUUCUUUGCACGCAGCCACCGACUUGGCCUCGUCCGGUCCUGAAGGGGCGCCUGACGAGGAAACCAUAGCCAGCGACAAGUUCUUCUUCACCCUCUACAGGUCCGUCACCACCACCGUCACCGUCACCACUACCUCUACUAACACCUCCACUACUGUCUCCGUCUCUGCUUACUGCACUUUUGCUGGCUUUACUGGGCCCGUGUGCUAGACCAGGUGUCUCCACAGUGUGCUAGCCCUGGUGUCUCCACCGUGUGCUAGCCAUGGUGUCUCCACAGUGUGCUAGCCCUGGUGUCUCCACCGUGUGCUAGCCAUGGUGUCUCCACCGUGUGCUAGCCAUGGUGUCUCCACCGUGUGCUAGCCCUGGUGUCUCCACCGUGUGCUAAACCAGGUGUCUCCACCGUGUGCUAGCCCUGGUGUCUCCACCGUGUGCUAGCCCUGGUGUCUCCACCGUGUGCUAGCCCUGGUGUCUCCACCGUGUGCUAGCCCUGGUGUCUCGACCACCGUGUGCUAGCCCUGGUGUCUCCACCGUGUGCUAGACCAGGUGUCUCCACCGUGUGCUAGACCAGGUGUCUCCACCGUGUGCUAGCCCUGGUGUCUCCACCGUGUGCUAGCCAUGGUGUCUCGACCACCGUGUGCUAGCCAUGGUGUCUCGACCACCGUGUGCUAGCCAUGGUGUCUCCACCGUGUGCUAGCCAUGGUGUCUCCACCGUGUGCUAGCCAUGGUGUCUCGACCACCGUGUGCUAACUCGAUAAUAAAAUCAAUGUCUGCAACUUUGUAAAUAAGUGUUAUAUGGUGUGUAUAUAUAAAUAUGACCCCU